AUGCCCAGGGAGCGAUUUACUCGAGCAGCGAGUUGCGCUCACACCGAGGGAGGCGUGCAACCCCCCUGCUGUCCGCGCGCUUCGCCUUUCCAGCACUCAGCACACCACCAUUUUUCCUUAAACAAAGCUGAAGAAAACCCGAACUUGGGCGGCAAUAAAGACGAACGGGGAACUUCCCGAGGCGGGGAGGGCAGCGUGGCCGAGCCCGGAGCCAGCUGCCAGGGCCGGGGCGCAGCGGGCGGUGGCAGAGCGCAAACUAUUCCGGAGCCGAAGCAGACAAAAGAGGGUGUAGCAGCUGCACGGGAGCGGCAGCCCCAGCGUGCCGCCGGCUCCGCGGCGGCUCCCCUCGCCCGUCCCCAUCCGCGAGGAGGUUCGGGCGGGGGCAGGCGGGCGGCGGGGCGGUCACUGCCGCCCGGAGAAGGACGCCCGGAGACCGGGGGCUGCGCGCCCCCCCGCCACCGCCGCCGCGCGGACAACCGGAGGCGGCCGCCCGCUGCUCGCCCCGCGGCGACGGGCGGGUGCCAUAGCAGCGGGGCCGGGGGCAGGGGGCGUGGGCGGGCGGCGGCCACGAGAAACUUUGCCGGCCCCGAGGAGGGGUGCUCGGCCGCCCUUCGCCGGUCCCCGCCGCAAAGUUUCACUCCCAAAACCGCCGGCUGCGGAUCCGACUCCUCGGGGACGGCUCCUCCAUCUCCCGCCGCUCCUCCCGGGACGAGGAAGAGGGAGAAAGGGACAGGCAGCACGCGGUGGGACGGCGGCGGGACUGAGUCAGAACUUUCCCUUCUCCCCUCGGAAGCUCGGCGCGGCCGACCCCCAAGAGCCGCCUCCCCUCCUCCCAGCGCCGCUCUGCCGCCCGCCCCACCGGGCGCGAGCUUUGUAGGGCGUCCGGUUCCGCCCCGGCGGGCUGCGGGGCCGCGGCCGCGAGGGAGGAGGAGCUGGGCGGGGGCUCGAAAGUCGGGGCCGGGAGGUUCGCCGUGUUCGGGUGGGAGCGGGCCUGGGACAAUUUGGCUACCGGCUGCUCGCACCUCGCUGUCAAGUGAAGUACAGCCAGCGGAUGGGAUCGGCGAGGGAAGGGCUCCUGUUUGCACGGGAUUUUACCCAACGUGUACGUCGGGUGUAGCUCGUGGGGAAAAAAAGGAAAAGAAUAAAACCAACAAACCUGCACCUGCUGUCGCUGGUUUUCUUUGAUUUUCGAAAACUGAC